UUUUAUCACCUAUUGAUAAAACCAGUGCAUCAGUGAAUCAGCGCUAUAAUUAAAAAGAUAAAGUGAUUUUUCAAUUUCGGAUUUGGGUAUUUACCUGAGGUUAAAAUUUUUGGAUUAUUUAAUUUAUUUAAUGUAGUUUGGAUUUUUGUAGGUAUAUUUGAAUUCCUCUGUAAAAUACUUUUGUUGUAUUAUAAUCUUGUCCCUUUAACCUUAGAAACAGGAUUUAUUAAAGCUUUGUUAAAAUUUUAAACAAUUUGUCAUUUAGUUUUACCUGAUUCGAUGAAAAAAUAAAGGAUAUGAAAUAUAUAUAUAUAUAUAUAUAUAUAUAUAUAUAUAUAUAUAUGCAUACGUUUGUCGAUUAUAAAAGUUCAUUAUUGAAAUUAUAAACCAAAAAGACUACUUAUUACAUUUUUCUCUCUACAUUGAUGUUAGUUGAACCGUUCUAUCAUAGAUGUCGUUAGAACGUAGGACUGAUUGGCAUCAUGGGACAGUAAUGCCGGAAUUUGAUUCUUCGUAUAGUAUCAUUGCGUAUAUGUAUUGUAAGUUAAUCCUUGCUGUUUCGGCACAAUUAAUGUUGAAUCAUGAAUAUCAACGGAUUUAGUUAUAUUCUAGAACUUCAGUUUUAUGAUUUGUAUGUUAUUAAUCCAACGGAACUAAAGUGGCACUUUUUAUCUAUUUCUAUUUGAUUGUUUUUCCUGAUGUCUUUUGUGGCUGAUUUUUAUUUUACGUGAAAUAAAACAAACAAAUGGUAUCAGAAAGUAUCUAUUACGUUCCUGGAUACUGUUUUGAGAAUUGUGGUCGAUGCUUUGAUGGUAAUUUGCCGAUUAUUUUAAGAAACAGUGGUGCAUUAGGUUAUUGUGAAAUGAUAAAUCACCGGAAACUUGUUAAUGUGGGGUGCUAUAUCAAGGAUAUUUUAUAAGAAACAGGAUAAAUCUGAUACUUCAAAUGAGGAAUCUAUAAUGGAUAAAGGAGAGGGAAAGAGAGCACAGGAAUGUGAUACUGAAACCCAUGCAACUAGACAAGCCAAACAGCGAGCGACAGUGAAAUGGUUGUUAUCAAAGGCAUACAACAACAGAGUACCAGAAAACCUCCGUGAACCAUUCUACCGUAAUCAUGAGGAUCAAGAACAUUUAAAGCCAGCAGUUGUUCAUUAUUUAGCUAAUGCUGAGCUUUAUUGUAUGGCAUUGUCUAAUAUAUACUCAGAUCCAAACUAUAACAAUCUGAAUCAUUGGAACAUUCUUCAGGCUCUUGCCAGAAAAGGAGUAUAUAUUUCUGAUCCUCAUAUAACCGAGACUGUGCUUAUUCAAACUACUCCAUUAAAACUUAGUGCUCAUGUAACUGUCAUGCAAGGGGUGAUGGCAUUGUAUGCUAGGGAAGUUGCCACCCCAGAGCUUGUUAGUUCUGCUGUUAAACGGUUCAGUCCAGCUGUACCUCCACCUGCACCAAAUGAUCAUGAAUCUGCUCUUCUUUACUGGGUUUCUCAAACGGUAUCUUCUCUUUGCCAAAGGCUAGCUCAAGAGAACAAGCAAGAGAAAAAUCAUGAGUUUCCUGUACCAAAGGAUGUAACAGAUCUUUGUGAUGGUGCUUGUUUAGCUGGUCUCCUUGCCUUUUAUUGUCCGGAGCGAGUCAGUUUUAUUGAUAUUAAACUCUCACCAGUUCCAACUGUGUCGGAUUGUGUUAGGAAUCUAUCUCUUGUUGCUGACUUUUGCUCUUCUGAGCUUCCAGUUAAUAUAUUCCAUAUGGCUCCUGAAGAACUUUAUUAUAUGAGAGGCUCUCUGAAACAGAAUCUAGUCGUUUUUUUAGCUGAUUUAUUUAAUAUGUUGGAAAUUCAUCCUGCUCAAUGUGUAACGUUAAAUGUAGCCACUCAUAAUAUUAAUAAUGUGGAAGGUCGAAACAACCAGGGAGUUGCACAUAAGCGGAGCCUACCCCAGGCAGUUUCUGCAAUUCCUGACCUUCGUUCAGGAUUAGACUCAAGAUCUUCUUUUUCAGGUUCUCCAAUUCUUUCAAGCAGUGGUCUUAAAAAAGUUGGAAGUGUCCAAGUUGAAAAUUCUUCUGAUAACAAAUUAGAAAAUGGCAAUGAUGAGUUUGUGGUUCAUCGUGGACGGGGAGUUACAACUUUGAGCUCUGUUAUUAGUGGGGAUGGUGGCAACAAAUCUACUGAAGCUGCUGGCAAACCUACGAAUUGGGAACCUAGAAAACCUUCUUAUGCUGGAAGGCGAUCUAGGAGGAAUUCAUUAUCUGAUGAAUCACAGUUAACAUUGGAAAAUUUUGGUGGCUCAGAAGAAAACCUUCAUCUUUUAGGCCGUAAUCCAGACAAAGAACCUGCUGUUCAUAGUGGUAGACGGGAGUCUUCUGCUAGGUCAAGCGUUCUAGAUAAUAACAGUGAUGCUCUUCAUCAUGCUCUACAAGAAGGAUAUAGUUCAAAACAAGCUCCAGAACCUCCACCUAGAAUGUCACUUUCUAGAAAUAAUAGCUUCAUUGAAUCUCAGAAACGGGCAGAGGAAACAAGGAGUAGUGCUGGCAUUCAACAAACACUUUUGGAACCCCAAAGCAGUAGUAAAGACCAAAAGCAGCAAGAACGUGAAAAAAAGGUUACAACCUUUGCAGCAUUACCCAACAACACGACCACUUGGCAGCAACAAUCACUUGCCCAUCAGACUUCAGAUCAUCUUGAUAAUGGCUUGGGAGAUACUGUUGAUAAUGGAGUUAUGGGCUCUCAGCUACUGAAUAUAAGACUGAAGCUUGAAGAGAAAAGAAGAAGAAUAGAAAGUGAAAAAAGAAGGAUGGAAGCCCAAAUGAACAGGCAACGCCAGAAAGUUGGCAAAGCAGCAUUCCUCCAAGCUGUUUCCAAAGGUAAGGUGGUGAAAUCACCCGAUUCAGAUCCAGGGCGGGGAACUAAUGAAGUUACUGAGAAACCAGCAAGACCAUUUUCACUUCAGGAUAUAUCAGAAGUUGAACAAAAAUGGUUAACUGGUGAUGGUUUUAUUGAAGAGCAAAAAACUCCUGAUAUGGAAAAUAUUGAUUUAGAAACUUACCAAAAAUCUAUUGCCCAAAUGAAUUCAAGUUUACAUGAAAUUCAGGCAGAUUUACAAAGGCUUGCAAAUCAGCAGAAUCAGUUGCAGAGUAAUCAACCCAAUAUCCAACCCCAACCCCCUAUUCAACCUUCACCACCUCCUCAGAUGCAGAGCUUUGCUUCCCUCCAUCACCAACAAGCAAAUUAUACAAGUCAACAUAUCAACUUCAACAGCCAACACUCAACACCUACCCAUAACGUAAACCAGCCUCAGCUUCAGCAGCAUGGUACUUUUACUCAACAGCAGCCAUCUCAGGUCUCUUACAAUACUAAUCAGCAACAACCAAUCAAUUAUGGCAACCAACCUGGAACUUUCACUUAUAAUAAUCCACCCCAAAGCAAUGAACAUGAAUAUUACAAUGGAAGAUCGUUUAGUGCUAACCAACAGCAACAUCAAAAUCAAAUGCAGCAAAUGCAUAGUCUGAUGACCGGUGCAAAUAAUAGCCAAACCAAUUUUAACAGCAACCAGCAAUGGCACAGUUUAAGUCAACAAACUCCUCCUCAGUCUAACUACAAUACUUAUUCUUCCAGGUAUAAUCAAGGUUUUACCCUGCAUGGUAAUUAUGACGACAGUUAUAAUGGAAGACGUGAGAGUCAAACAGAAUUUUAUCUUCAUGAACCACAAUCCUCAUCUGGACGUCGAACAUGGGGACAACCUUUUACUCCAGAUCCAACAACAUGGGGAAGACGGGAACCCGUUUCACUGGAUAGCUCUCCAAAACAAAAUGGUGGAGAAUUACCAAUUCCACCGCCACGUCUUAACCAUGCUCCUCUUCCAACACCACCAGUUGAUGAUAUGGAACCUCAGAGUAUAUCAUUUAUUGGUUCAGGUGAAGAUAGUGAACAAUUAAGCAGUGGAUUGAGCAAAUUAAAUAUUACUAGCGGCAGUCGAACAUAUCGAAUACCCUCACCAACUCGAACAGCCCGAAAUUCUUUUCAGAAAAAUGUCAAUGAAAAACAAGAACAAGGAUUUUAUAUUUCUUUUGACGAGGAAUCUGCUCCCAAAAGGCCUAAACCUCCUCUCCGUGCAAAAAGAGGCUCUCCUAAGAAGGAACGUAAUUUGACCCAGACAGUUGAACCUAAAUUACUGAGUACUGCUGUAGAAACUAUAAAUUCAGUUGAUGAAACUCCUUUGCGGCCUCGAGUUGUUCAUUCUCCACCAGGAAGAGAAGAAAGAGUUCCAGCUCCCCAUGAAGGGGCAAUAGUAAUAGGUUCUCACCCUGAUCCGAAUGAAUUAGAUGAAAUGGAGAAGAAGAAAGAACGUAUUUUAAUGAUGUCAUUACAAAGGCGACAAGCUGCUGAAGAGGCACGGAAUCUUAAAGAAGCUGAAGCAGCUAGAAGAAGAGAUCUAGAAAAGGCAAAAGAAGAGGAAAAGAUUAGGAAAAAGGAAGAGGAAAAAAGAAGAAGGGCUACCAUAUUAGAACGUCAUAAGGUUAAGAAAGCCAUUGAGGAAGCUGAAAGAGAGGGAAAACAAGUGGAUAAGGAUCUUCUGAAUUCAUUGAAAGCUUCAUUACCAGCUGCUAAUAAUUCUUCUGCUCCUAAAUUAAGGCAAAAGGGAAGUGGUGGAGGUAGACCGAGACCAAAGACAAUUCAUAUUGAUUCAGGAGCUGAUGAUACUGGAAUGAUGACACCUUCCAGGGGAAAGAAAGGAUCGUCAUCCAAUCUUUCUGAUGGUUCACCAGAGGUACGGACGAUGACACGGCCAAGGGUUGUCCCAGCAACAAGACGCAAGUCCAACUCCCUCAUGAACCUUGCCGGUUCAAGCUGUGACCAGGAUAGUUUAGCGUAUCGCUACACAGAUACUGAUUCUGGCCUUGGAAGGGCCACUCCACCCAGGAGAGUUCCCUCCCCUUCCGGUCCUGGCUCACUGCCUGCAGGUAGACGAAGACCCGAUGAUAGCCUGUCUGAUGCUGGUUCUGACUAUAAUGGCCCCAGGCUUUAUCGCCAGCCUACAACUAAGAGUAAUAAGGUUAGAUUUGUCUCCUUUAUUUGCAGUUGCAGGUCUUUUUAAAUCAUCACUUUGAUUUUACAAGGUGCUAACUGACAUUUUUGACUAAAAUAAGAUUAUUAGUGCUUUAGAUUUUCCUUUUUCUUAUAUAAAUGAGGAAAUAAAUUUUUCUGUGAUCUGUUCAGAAAUCAACUUCAUAGGUAUAAGAGCUUUGGUAUAGUUCUCAAUGCUGUGGAGUAUUGUGUUUUCCCUGGUGUUGUUAACCGAGAAGCAAAGCAAAGAGUAAUAGAAGAAAUGAAUCGCUCUGAAGCCAAACAUUUCCUCGUCCUUUUCAGGGAUUCUGGUUGUCAAUUUAGAGCUUUAUAUGCUUAUUGGCCAGAUACAGAAGAAGUGAUCAAAUUAUAUGGAACAGGACCGAAGCAGGUCACUGAUAGAAUGUUUGACAAAUUUUUCAAGUAA